CCCGACUCGACGCGCAGCUCUCUCCCCGUGACCUCACCUCCUCCAGACGCCGCCCGACGCCGGAUCCCUCGUCGCCCGACGCUUGCCCCAACCCCCCGCCGUCUGCUCCAUAUAGAUCCGCGCCGCCCCCCUCCAUCCAGAUCCGCGCCUUCUCCGCCGCCCUCCCUCGCCCGGCCCUUCCCAGAUCCGCAAAGGUAGCAGGUUUUGCUACAAUCUGACAAAGUGGAGGGUUUAGAAGUUGAAGCUUCUUUUAUGUCUGAACAAACAUCGGUUUAUUCGGGAUCAGUUGGACUGCUGGGAGAGUAUUCUCGUUCAACGAGAAAAAGGCUUAAGUUUUUGAUCCCCUGCAUGCAUCAAGAUCCCACUAAAUUCUCUGGUUGUGAGAAUUCACUUGACACUACCAGUGCUGAAAGUCAGCUCACUUUUCUUCAAGGAGCUGCAGCUACGCUUGCUGCUGAAUUUUUCCACAUCUGAUAGUAUCUGCUGCAGAAAGUUUGAGUCAGGAUGGCGAUGCAAAACAUUGGUGCUUCAAACAAGGAUGAUGCCUUCUACAGGUAUAAGAUGCCCAGAAUGUUGACCAAAAUAGAAGGCCGUGGUAAUGGAAUCAAGACAAAUAUUGUGAACAUGGUUGAUAUAGCAAAAGCACUUGCCAGGCCUGCCUCCUACACAACUAAGUACUUUGGGUGUGAACUUGGGGCACAAUCAAAAUUUGAUGAGAAGACAGGUAUCUCCUUGGUUAAUGGUGCUCAUGAUACUUCCAAGUUGGCUGGACUUCUUGAAAACUUCAUCAAAAAGUAUGUCCAGUGUUAUGGUUGUGGCAAUCCUGAAACCGAGGUCCUCAUCUCUAAGAACCAGAUGAUAACUCUGAAAUGUGCUGCAUGUGGCUUCCUAUCUGAUGUUGACAUGAGGGACAAGCUCACUACAUUCAUACUGAAGAACCCGCCAGAACAGAAGAAGGGAGGCAAAGACAAGAAAGCUAUGCGAAGAGCUGAGAAGGAGCGGCUGAAAGAAGGUGAGGCUGCUGAUGAGGAGAUGAAGAAACUCAAAAAAGAUGCGAAGAAGAAAGGUGCUUCUUCCAAGGAGAGUACUGCAAAAGGUGUUGCUACAAAGAAAAAGGCUGUUGAUGGAGGUUCUGAUGAAGAACAUGCAACCUCACCAACUAACAGUCAAGAUGCUGACUUUGAAGCUGCUGUAGAUGACGAUGACAAUGAUGAUGACGAUGUGCAGUGGCAGACUGACACGUCAGCAGAGGCUGCGAGAAAACGCAUGCAGGAGCAGCUGAGUGCAGCAACUGCUGAAAUGGUUAUGCUUGCCACCGAGGAGACGGAGAAGAAGAAGAAACAGGCCCUGCACAAAGAGGACAGUGCCAAUGGGACAACGAAGCCUGAAGACAAUUCAAACGGCAACCAGGCUGGGCCUAAAACCACUCCUUAUGAUGAACUGGUUGAAGAGAUCAAGACUAACUUGGGCAAUGCUGUCACCGCCGCGCAGCUCAAAAGUGUGCUGUCCUCCGCAACCCUACCCCACAAGGACGUGAUGCAUGCUCUCUUUGAGGCGCUCUUCCAUGGCGCAGGCAAGGGGUUUGCGAGGGACGUUGUGAAGAACAAGAAGUACCUUGCUGCUGCUGUGCCUGAUGAAGCAUCCCAGAUUCUCCUGCUCCAGGCUAUUGAGGCGUUCUGUGGCAAGUGCAGCGCUGAAGCCCUGAAGGAAGUCCCAGUCGUCCUGAAGGCCCUCUAUGAUGGAGACGUCCUUGAGGAAGAAACCAUUGUCCAGUGGUACAAUGAGGCUGUUGCGGCUGGCAAGAACUCCCAGGUCGUGAAGAACGCCAAGCCAGUUGUGGAGUGGCUCCAGAGCGCCGAAUCUGACGAGGAGUGAGAUGCUCUACUGCCUACUGCGUUGCUCUUAUGUUAUGCUUCCUGAGUGUCAGUUGUCAUUGUACUGUCAGUCAAUCCUGCUGUUUAAACCCUUAUUUGGUUGGCUCUGUAUUGAGUCAGUUGAAAGACAAUAUGUAUGGUUUAUUAUGUGUGGUGUUUUUCUUCCUAUCUUUCGGUGAAACUGAUUUCGAUAGACAUUAAAUAUGACAUGCUUUGAUGUG